UGGUCAGGUCAAAAGAACUGGGGAAUCUUGGCUGCCUCUUUAUUAGUAGAAGAAAAAUAGAUUGAAAGGAUGAGAAGUGAAUAGUAUCCUGGUACAGACCCCAGUCUUGGUGAUGCUCCAUGAAGAGGUGACCUCCUGGAUUCCUGGUCCGAAGAGACUCCCCUUUGCGAUAAAGACCAUGGCAGACCCAGAACAAGGAAACCAAACAUUUGUCACAGAAUUUAUCUUCCUGGGAUUUGGUGAUCUCCAUGACCUGCAAAGUCUUUUCUUCCUGCUCUUCCUCAUGAUCUACGUUUUGACCAUGGUAGGAAACAUUGUCAUUAUUGCCCUAAUUGUCACUGAGCACCGCCUUCACACCCCCAUGUACUUCUUCCUGGGGAAUUUGUCCUGCUUAGAAAUCUGCUCCACCUCCACCAUCCUGCCCAGGAUGUUGUCUAGUUUGCUUAACAAACAAUAUGGGAUUUCAUUAAGUGGUUGCUUCUUUCAGUUUUAUGCAUUUGGUUCCCUGGCAUGUUCUGAGUGUUAUCUCUUAUCUGCCAUGUCUUAUGAUCGGUUCUUAGCAAUAUAUAAACCACUGCAUUAUGCAUCCUUGAUGAACAGCAAGGUCUGUAUCCAACUAGCAGCAUGGGCUUGGAUAAGUGGAUUUGUGUCUAACACCUUCACAUCAUUCUUGGUAUCACAACUGACUUUCUGUGGGUCCAACCAUAUUGAUCAUUUCUUCUGUGAUUACACUCCAUUGCUAGUGCUGUCCUGCAGUGACACACAUGCAACAGAAAUAGCUAUGUCUGUGGAGGGCACAAUGUGCACUGUGCUUCCCUUUGUGUUGACCCUCAUGUCCUAUAUUUGUAUCAUUGCCACCAUCCUAAGAAUCCCUUCCACCACCGGGAGAAAAAAAGCCUUUUCUACCUGCUCCUCACACCUUGUUGUGGUUACAAUAUUCUAUGGUAGUCUAAUAAUUGUCUACACAUUACCAAAAAGUGAUGUAUUGAGAGACCAAAACAAAGUGUUCUCAGUUUUUUAUGCCAUAUUGACCCCUUUAUUAAACCCUCUUAUAUACAGUCUGAGGAAUAAGGAGUUCAGGGAAGCCCUGAGGAAGGCUAUGGGCAAUUGUGUGCCUUCAAAAAGAAUUCGGAGAGUCCAAACCCUGGAUUUAAAUUUAAAACACACAAGGGACAUGUGA